GUGCCCCGGCUCCCUCUCCCUUCCUCCUCCCGCAUCUCGGAUGCUAGGAGCCGGGGUGGGCUGGGGUGAAGUGGGGGGCAGGAGGGAGGAGACCAGAGCUAAGGCUCCGCGGCUGCGCGUGGGAGCCGGAGCGAGGGCGGGGGUGUAUCCAGACUCUCAGCGAGCGCCCCGCCCUCCUUCCUCCCCUAGGGUCCCCGCCCGGCCUCGGGGAGGGGCCUGGGCGCUGACAGGCCGGGCCGGCCCUCCAGCGGACGGAGGCCGAGAGAAGAAAACACAAUGUCAUCUGUGGGACAGCAGCAAGAACAGCUGUCCCAGUCAGAUCUUUCCCCAUCAUCAAAUUCUUCUAGUUCCUUUGAGAUAAUAGACAUGGAUGCAGCCAAUUUGUAUGAGCCGGUAUCUCCUCACUGGUUUUACUGCAAGAUAAUAGAUUCAAAAGAGACAUGGAUUCCUUUCAACACUGAAGAUUCACAGCAGCUGGAAGAAGCUUAUAGUUCUGAAACAGAUUGUAAUGGAAGAGUUGUUCCCACCGAUGGGGGCCGAUAUGAUGUGCAUUUGGGAGAGAGGACAAGGUAUGCUGUGUAUUGGGAUGAGCUAGCAUCAGAAGUGAGGCGCUGUACUUGGUUUUACAAAGGAGACAAAGACAAUAAAUAUGUUCCCUAUUCUGAGAGCUUCAGUCAACAAUUAGAGGAAACCUACAUGCUUGCUGUAACACUAGAUGAAUGGAAAAAGAAACUUGAAUCCCCAAAUAGAGAAAUCAUUAUAUUACAUAAUCCAAAGCUGAUGGUUCAUUACCACCCAGUGGCAGGAUCUGAUGAAUGGGGAUCUAUACCUACUGAACAGGGGCGCCCUAGAACCGUGAAGAGAGGAGUUGAAAACAUCUCCGUUGAUAUUCCUUGUGGAGAACCCUUACAAAUAGAUCAUCUGGUUUUUGUGGUCCAUGGAAUUGGACCAGCUUGUGAUCUUCGAUUCAGAAGCAUUGUACAGUGUGUAAAUGAUUUCCGUGGUGUUUCCUUGAGCCUGCUACAAACACACUUUAAGAAAGCCCAAGAACAACAACAGAUUGGCCGGGUAGAGUUUCUUCCUGUCAACUGGCAUAGCCCUUUGCAUUCUACUGGUGUGGAUGUAGAUCUGAGGAGAAUUACUCUGCCCAGCAUCAACCGCCUUCGGCACUUCACCAAUGACACAAUCCUGGAUGUCUUCUUUUACAAUAGCCCCACCUACUGUCAGACUAUCGUGGACACAGUUGCUUCUGAAAUGAACCGAAUAUACUCGCUCUUUCUGCAGAGGAACCCUAAUUUCAAGGGGGGCGUAUCCAUAGCUGGUCAUAGUUUAGGAUCACUUAUAUUAUUUGAUCUCCUAACAAAUCAGAAAGAUCUUUUGGAGGAAAAUGACAGUGAAAAGGUUACUCAAAGGGUUGUUUUGGAUCAGGAAGAUACAUUGGGCCUGGAAGAAGAUCUCAAGAAACUUCAGCUCUCUGAAUUCUGUAGCCUCUUUAAGAAAGAGAAAAUGGAUAAAACAGCUCUGGCUUUGUGUACAGACAGAGAUCUUCAGGAAAUGGGAAUUCCUUUGGGACCAAGAAAGAAGAUACUAAACUAUUUUAAGAACAGGGAAAACACACAGGGUAUUAAACAAAAUCAGCAGUCAGUUUUGGGAGAGAAUUUACCAGCACUUUCAGAAAAAUUCAAGGGCUGUAAUAGUACUGAUGGUGCUGGAAAUGAUGACUAUUUGGAUAUUAGCAUUGGACAGGCUUCUGUGAAAUACCCUAGGCUAAUCUAUAAACCAGACAUCUUUUUUGCCUUUGGAUCUCCCAUUGGAAUGUUCCUUACUGUCCGAGGAUUGAAAAGAAUUGAUCCCAGCUACAAACUUCCAACUUGCAAAGGUUUCUUCAAUAUUUAUCACCCUUUUGACCCUGUGGCAUAUAGGAUUGAGCCAAUGGUGGUUCCAGGAGUGGAAUUUGAGCCUAUGCUGAUCCCGCAUCAUAAAGGCAGGAAAAGGAUGCAUUUGGAACUGAGAGAAGGCUUGACCCGGAUGAGCAUGGACUUAAAGAACAAUGUGUUGAGUUCCUUGCGAAUGGCCUGGAAGUCCUUUACCAGAACUCCAUACCCAGCCCUUCAGGCUACAGAAGCAGCUGCUGCAGAUGAAUCUGAACCUGAGCCUGAACCAAUCCCAGAGAAGCCAAGUGAUGGUCAAGCAGGAGAUUCACUUGUGGCAGAUAAAGAAGAAACUGCUUCUAUCAAUGUUGGAAUGCUGAAUGGGGGCCAGCGAAUUGACUACGUAUUACAGGAGAAACCUAUUGAAAGUUUUAAUGAAUAUUUAUUUGCAUUGCAAAGCCAUCUCUGCUAUUGGGAAUCUGAGGAUACAGUUUUAUUGGUUCUUAAAGAAAUCUACCAAACCCAGGGAAUCUUCUUGGAUCAGCCUACCCAGUGAAAACCGCUAUCUCUACCUUCUGUGGCUGUUUAAUAUGAACACUGAGGACUUUGCUUCUCUAGAGAAAUCACCUUUCUUGUUGCUGCUGCCACCUUCUUGAACAUGGCCUGCCUCAUGCCCCCUACCCUUUGCCCUGCUGUGGGGAGGGAGAAUCAACUUCCUCUGGAAGUGAUGUGUAUAUUUUUAUCACUGGUCUCACAUGAAAAUGUUUAUCUGUUCACCAGAUCACCAGAGCCAGUGGUAAGAACAGCUUCAGUUCUUGGGAUCUUCCCUCUCGCUCUCCCUUUCCCUUUCUCAAUUGCUCAUGAUUUCACCCUAAUGAUUGGCAGAAUGAUUAUGGAUGCUGAGGGGCAGCAGCAGCAUCCAGGGGAGUAAUGAGGCAACCCGUAUUCAGAGUCACUGCAUACACACCCUAAGUCUACGUUGUCAUGGAAUGGCUUUUAAGUGACCAGAACUCCAUCAAGAAAAGGGUCUUCUGAACUAGUGUUAAAUCAGGUAUUUAUGGCCAAAGAUGUCAGAUAUCUUAGAACAAAUUCAAAUAGAAAAGGAUCCCUGCUGCCCAUAUUGACUUAGAAAACCACAAAUUAAGUUGAUGUUGUACUGUAUUUUUAUUUGUUCUGUUAAAUGUUUCCCAAUUACAUGCUAAUCUGACUCAGGCUUCACUUGGAAGUUUUGCAGGCCUGUUUGAUACUUCUGUCUUAGAAACUUCCUUUCCAUUCUAAUACCUCAUCCUGGGAAGCUCAGGGCACAGUUUGAUGGUUAUUUAAUGUAACAGAUCCCCAAUAAGACUAGCUGAAAUAACAGUGUGUGGUUAAAAAUCCUGAAAUAACUUUUCCUGGAGGAUGCACAGACACACUGCAGCUGAGAAGCUUGAUUAGGCUACGUACACUAAAAAUAAAACAGGAAGGUUUGCUAGCUGAACCAUUUCAAUAAAUGGAACCUUUGUAAAAUAUCUUGCAAACCCAUGUGGUUGAGGGUGGCAUUGCUUGCCCCUAUGAGCAAACUGCCACUUUAUUCUAAUCCCACUGUCUCGAGUGCUUCAUAGAAAGGCUAGCUGUGUUGGCUGAGCAGGUGCUUUGGGGCAGCAUUCACGGAACUCAUCCUGGAUGGAAGGGCCUCCAGAGGCCGGAAGGAUAGCCUUGGCAAGCUACGCAUACUGCUGGCUGAGCCCAGAGUGGCCUGGCCCUUGUGCAAAAGCAGGUGAAUUCAAAUGAAAGGACUGUUGCCAGUGAGUCACUUUUUACCUGCAUAGUUGGGGAUGCCUUUCUCUUUGGGGCUUGGGGGUUGCUACCUAUCCUAUGUGGGAGUAAAACUGUUGCAAAUUUCAACAGUCUCUCAAACUCCCUUAAAAAACCAUCACACUCCAUUUCUAGUGUACUAGAAGCAGGAAAGGCUUCAUUUUAAAACUAAUUUAUUGUAUCAUUAUAGUAAGGCUAGAGUCAUCUUGAAGUAGAUCUUCAGGGUAGCAGUGGCCUUUACAGAAAAAGCCCAGGAGGUGGGGAAGGUCCCUGGCAAGAGACCAUCCUGUGCUGAUUGCCAUGACUGAGAGCAAGACAGCCUGGCCUCUUCUUGUUGCCCUGAUUGCCAGCAAAUACUGGCCAAGAAACUUAGAAAUCUGUUAUGUGGGAUGUUGUUUAUUAUGUAAAAUAUGAGAAGUUUGAACUAAUCGAUGGGAAGGGUCCCAGGAAGCUCCUGACCCAGGCUGUGCAGUCAGUGUGGAGAAGCAGAUCACAGUUGCUGAACCAAAGAUGGAAAGGGUAUCAAUAGGGUAGCUGAGAUAACCGCUCUCAGUACUAACAGCUUGGGAGUAUUAGCAACGAGGGAAUGCUUGUUUGUAAGAGAGCUUUGUCCUUUGGCCCACUCACCUGUGAGAUAUCAUGGUAGGAAUGUUUGUUUGUAAAAAAAGAGCUUUGUCCUUUGUCCUGUCCCUCCCCACCCAUGAUGUAUCAUGGUAUGUAUGGAUGGUUCGUAUCUAUUGGGCAUCAUUAGCCUCUGAUAACUUUUAUUUGUCUAUUAUUUGCACUACUUAAAAUUCAUCAUGUGCAAUCUCUUGACCAAGCCUGAAAAGCUUACUUAGUCUGUUUGAAGAUUCUCCCUAGUGCAGUGAUAUUUUGCACAUGUUCCUGGCAAUAGUAUUAGCACUGCCCAUUUUAGCAAAAGCAUCUAUCUGCCUGCUGCAUGGAACAAUUCACUGUUCUGAUGGCUUUUCAAUUUGGGGCACUUUGGAAAUGUUUGUUUUUAUAACACGAACCUAUAGAAAAUUCUGCCUUGAAUUCUGAAAUAAAACCUAGCUGCUUCUUUUACCAACUUUAAUCUGUUUUUCAAUAAAGAAAAGCUCCAUGUUCUGUU